AUUGCUGAAUUGAUGGGGAAAUUUGUGCGAAAUUGUGCUAGAUUUACCUAGACAAAAUAAAAAUCCAUUCGAAAUCGUAAUUUUGUACCAAUUUACUGGCAUCAGCCCAAAAUUACGCAUUUCAUUUCGGUUGUUUACGUGCCGUUCGAAUGAUGUGAAUGCGUAAACGCAAUCCCAUAACACAAUGUGCUCUACGACAGCAGCAGCAGCAGCACUGAGGGCGAAGAAUGAUCGCUUCGAUGGAGAGCCGCAAGAGGGUGCUCGCAAUGCGUACGAUUCCAAAUGAUGUCUUCAAUUUUUGACAUUCCGCAGAAAAUUGAUGUACAAAAAAGUUUGUUUACUUUUUAGCGGGCGCAAAACAUUUCCAUCACAAAUUUUAAUUUGAAUUUCAGCCGCACACAUCGAAUCAACACCAUGGAAAGUUCACCAGUGAGUGGAAAAGAUAAUUUGGAGGUAACCGGAGUUUCAAGAAGUGGACGCGUACGAAAGAAAUCAUCAAAAUUGCUGGAUUUUCAGUCACCCGAUGACAUUGACACAGCCAAAGUGCUGAAACGCACCGCACACAAAAGUCCAUCCACAAAAAUCGCAUCACAACGGUCGGCCACCAACUCUGGCGCCCAUUCAAAAUCAUCGAUCAAAGCGUAUUUCCAGCCAGUUGUAAAAGCAACCAACAGUUCACACACCACAAAUAAUUUGCUGCGAACACCGAACAAACAUGAGAAACCCGAAGUGGCCAUCGACAAACAGAUCGACAUGCUGUUGUCAUCGAGUAAAUAUUCAGCGGACGACGAUGACGAUGUGGACGAUGACGAUGACGAUGAUGCAAUGAAUGUAGAUAAUAACAAUGAUGUCGAUUCUGAUGAGGAUUUUGAACUAGCAAUCGAUACGACAAUGCGAAAGAGUGCGUAUAUGUCUGAGAAAUCAUCGAAAAAGAAGAUUUUCAAAGACGGUGAAAUUGUACUGAGUCGACCGCAACGAAAAGACAAAGGCAAACCACGAUUUACCGCGUAUAUGCUGUGGGCGAAAGAGGCACGGCAAGAAUUGCAAAAAUCAAAUCCAAACAUGGAUUUCUCACAAGCAUCACGGCGUUUGAGCAAGAUGUGGGCCAUUGUACCGAAUAAUGAGAAAAAUAUAUGGCGACGCCGUGCUAAACGUGUUACCGUCAAAAAUAAAAAAGCAUUGAAAACCGGCGACAAAUUAACCACAAAAUAUUUGAAUAAACCGGGUCAAAAGAAACCGGGCCGCAAGCCAAAACGUACAAAAGACACAAAACCAGAUGUGAUUCCAUCACCAUCACCAUCGAAAAAAACCAAAAGCGAUCGAAGGUCCACCGCAUCGAAUAGCUCAAGGGAUGAAGAUCUAUCGAAACAGAAAUCGGUGCUGAAUAACAGUAAUAAUUUAAGCGCAAUAUUGCCGGGAGCGUACAAAGUCACUGGCAUCGGGCCGACCGAAGUAGCCGCACAUCUCAAACUAUUAGGCGAUAAUUUAGCAAUCAUCGGCCAACGGCUCAAAGAACAUGAGGGUCAAAUAACCGUUUCCGGCAGUCUAUCGGUGCUGUUGGACAGCUUACUAUGCUCACUCGGCCCGUUAAUGUGUCUUACAACAAUCAUACCGGAGGUGGAUGAACCUGGCCAUCUAAAAGAUACUCUAGUUAAUAUACUGGAUAAUAUCGCGUACGUGAUGCCUGGACUUUAAAAGUGACUCCGUCGUCGGCUCUUUUAUUUUGUUUAUUUAGACGUUUUUGUUUAGCAUUUUAAGGUUGUCUCUCGUCGAGUUAGUCAAUGCAAAUAUAUUUCAAAGUAUACAUUUGAAAAAAAAAACCAACACUUUUUUGACCAAAUGCAAAAUAAAGAAUUUUUAUGGAAAUCGAAAUCGAAAUUGAAACCAACGGAAAAA